CAAGUCCACAAUGUCCUCCACGAAGAAAUCAAGACGAAACAAUAGUGCCCCGGCCCUUAAACAGGGGACCUUGGCCUUUUCUGUUAAGCGCACAAACUCCCACACCACUACUAAGACGAAAGGGACUCUACCACGACGGUCAUCCCCUUUGAUUGAAAAGCAUGCAGCUGAAGACGCAAUAGACUUGGAGAUAAACAACGAGCAGGACAGUGACGCCGUGCUGGAGAUAUCUUCAGAAGAGGAGUACUCACCAGCUUCUGUGAAGCGAGGUGGAGCUCCCAACGCCACGAAAGCAUCGACAUCCAGUCCUGCCAAAAGGCUAAAGGAUAAUCCUCCUGCUGUUAAAUCCGUGGGGCAACGGCCGACAUUAGAUGUAUCGGGCAAGGCCUACCGCAAACACUAUGGACACGUGCGAGAAAAGAUGGGCCACCUUGAACCGAUUCAUUCGGAAGGGCAGAAUAGAAUCCAUCAGAUACUCCGCGUGUUUGACAUGUCCUACGAGUACGGUCCGUGUGUUGGUAUGUCACGUCUUGAGCGUUGGGAGAGAGCCGCUUCGUUUGGUCUCAACCCACCUGAUGAGGUUCGGCAUAUUCUCUUGACUGAAGAAGGAGUCGAAAAAGAUGAAUAUUCUCAAUGUGUUCUCUAUGGAGAAGUGUAGUUUGAAGACUUGUUCAACUUCUCGGAUGUAACCUAUCUGGUUUUUCCUACGUGUCCGACUCGACUCGGAUGUAGUGUUUGGGGUUAUCCAUGCGCGCCGCGGGCACUUCCGGACAAGCCUGUGAGUCGUGACACAACAACCUCGGUCCUCCACUGCUCCAUCAUAUCGAAGAGGAUAGAGUACUUGUUCCAUACUUCUCUGUUGUACUGAUCACUUGUUAUAUUAACAUUCGUUGUGCUACCCAAGUCAGGAUGAUUGAUCUCACGGAAGGAUAUCGGACAUCACUCCAUGUCAAGUCCA